AUCAGCGGUCAUCUUAGAUUUGUGCUACAGUUCGCCCGACACAUUAGCAAAAGCCUUUGAUGACGCCCAAGAAAUCAGUCGUCAUGAAGGCAAUCUCAUUGUGUAUAAAGGCUGAACCAGCACAGUGCUAUCUAGCUCAGAUUGUAGCUAACGAAGACCGGCAUGCUCGUCUCAAAGCUGCUGUUCGCCUUAGCGGUAGGCGUACACCCUGCAUUAUCUGCUUCUGAGUCUUUCUACUCCAGCGCGCCUUUCGACAUCGGCAACGGCGACAGCUUUGGUAUACCCGGCAACGCGACCUUUGACUAUGUGGUCGUCGGCGGUGGUGCGGCUGGCCUUGCUGUUGCUAUGCGUCUAGCUGAAGACAAUACGCAUACGGUAGCCGUAGUCGAAGCUGGGGGGUUCUACCAGAUUGAGGCUGGCAACAAGAGCGUGACGCCCGCUUAUAAUCCUCAGUUCGCCAACAUACAACAACCGAAUGCCGAUCCCUUAGUUGACUGGGGAUAUGUCACUACUCCACAGCCGGGAGCAAACAACCGAACAUUACAUUACGCCCGGGGAAAGACGUUGGGCGGUUCCUCGGCUCUCAAUGCCAAUGUGUAUAAUCGAGGGACUGUCGCCUCUUAUCAAGAAUGGGCUAAUCUCGUUGGUGACGAUUCCUAUACUUUUGAGCAAUGGCUUCCCUUCUUUGCUAAAGGAGUGAACUACACCGUUCCAAAUGAGAUCAGAGCAGCCAAUGCUACGGUACCUACCCCUGAAGGGGCCAAUGUGGCUGAGUUCAGCUCUUCUGGAGGACCACUGCAUGUUUCCCACAGCAACUUUGCUCUACCAUUUUCGUCUUGGGCACAGCGCGCCUUCCAAUGUCUCGGAUUUGCCAACAUCAGCAGCUUCAGUGGCGGCCAGCUCUUGGGAUCUCAGUAUGUUCCACAAGCAUUACGACCAGUUUCCAACGAACGCGAGUCAUCGUCGACAUCUUACCUUCAGACAGCCUUGGACAGCAACCGGACGAAUCUCAGAGUAUAUACGCAUACUCUAGCUCUGCAAGUCCUGUUGAGCAAUAUGACCGCAACAGGUGUGCUUGUGCGGAGUGGGAGACUUGACUAUGUCCUAAGUGCUCGUAAGGAGGUUAUACUCUCAGCAGGCGCAUUCCAGUCACCUCAACUGCUCAUGGUAUCCGGCAUUGGACCUGCGGCUCAAUUGCAAGAGCAUGGCAUCCCUGUACUCAUCGAUCGUCCAGGAGUAGGCCAGAAUAUGUGGGAUCAUAUAGAUUUGGAAGUGACGUACCAGGUGGACGUCGUAGGCUUCAACACACUGAAGAAUCAGACAUACAAUCAAGAGCAACUCGACGGGUUUCACGCUAUACCAGCCGUUUCCAUGUAUGGCUCCUAUGGUGCUGAUUACAUCGGCUGGGAGAAGCUACCUUCCGACUAUCGGGCCAAUCUGACUUCAAUAGCACGCGAACAGCUCGCCGUGUUUCCUUCAGAUUGGCCAGAGAUUGAGUAUGAGGUUGCAUCCAUCUACACCACGUCAGAUACGCAGGACUUCAGCGGCUACGGGACUUUUGUUGUGAUUCCCGUUAGUCCACUGUCUCGCGGCACGGUGUCAUUACAGUCUGCCUCUAUGCUGGAUCCUCCUAUCAUAGAUCCUCAGUGGCUAACCUCAGAUACCGACAUGGAACUCGCUAUACAAGCUUUAAGGCGCGCCAGAGAGAUAAUGGCUUCGCCUGCUCUGGCUCCAAUCAGACUCGGCAGCGAGAUUGCACCCGGGGAUGACAUAGAGACAGAUGCGCAGCUUGAAGAGUACAUCCGAAACACGUUCUUCAUGAACUGGCACGCUUCAUGUACGUGUAGAAUGGGCCGCGUCAACGACACAAUGGCCGUCGUGGAUUCAAAGGCUCGAGUGAUCGGAGUGAAUGGUUUGAGAGUGGUGGACGCUUCUGCGUUCGCACUGUUGCCGCCUGGUCAUCCCAUCAGUACUGUGUAUGGCCUUGCUGAAAAAAUUAGCGCAGAUAUCAUCGCGAGUCGCUAAGACUGUGGAGCGAAAAGAAGAUAACACAACACAAUCGAAUAAGCAUAGUUUUGAAGACGUUCCGCCCAGCAAACCACCGCGCAGUUAGUACUUGAGCAGUUGGAAGAUCUGUAAUCCUGAAUCUGAGCACAAGUGAAUGAAGAAGCUGUGGCGCUCAGAUUCGAAAUGUCCAAGAGCGAGCUCAGUCCUGAAAAAUGAUGUCGCUUUCAACAAGUCGGAAAGACCGCGGCGUCAUAUCGCAAGGAUCGCGGGGUCUGCUGAACGAUCGGGAGAUGGUCUGGAGACGUCUUGAUGCCUUGGAUAGUAAGCCACACGGUAUCUACAAGUGAGAGAAGCCGUUGGAGAAGAAGCCAUAUUGCAAGUCUUAGGUUGUCCGGUAAUACAAAGAGAUAGACUCGUUGCCGA